UGCUCACCUGAGAGACCCAUUCCAUCCAAUGGCACGCGCGCCAUGGAGUAACGACCCGCAGCGUUUGCGCAGAGUACAACAACAAACCCUUUAAACUGACGUGACCCAUUCUGAGCGUGAGUCACCCGAGUGCACAUUCUCCGAGUGAGUGGUUACGGUGCUGCGGAGAGGAGGAGGAAGAGCGGGCAAGUUUUUAACUGAAAGCGCGCAGAAACUCACCGCCGCAUCCCAUCUCGAGACUGCUGGCAUCCGCCAGAAACAGCGCGCGCGCGUCUAGAGCGAACCGGACCGUUAAAAGAUGUGAUUAUUUUCUCUUUCUGUCUCAGACAGGUGUCUUUAUUUUACAGAAGAACAAAGAUGAGAAUUCACUAUUCUGAAGCCACUUGCAUCCUCAUCAUCCUUCAAACGCUGUGUUGGGGCUUGAAUAGUCAAUGUGAGGAACCAAUUGAAAGCUCCAAACUCGACCUCUCGGUGACCUAUGACCUUCCUCACUUUGUAUCUGACAAUCCCAUCCAGAAGCUGUUGGAAUUCAAUGGAACUGUGUACGUAGGUGCCGUCAACAAGCUUUACGCUCUGUCAAAAGACCUCAAGAAGAUACAUGAGUAUAAUACCGGACCGGUCUCCGAGGGUCCAGACUGCUUGGCUCCAAAACCAUGCUUUGUUUGCGAAGACAAGCCCACCAACACGAGCAACACCAAUAUGGCCCUGGUGAUGGAGACGUUCUACGACCUUGAGCUCUUCAGCUGUGGUUCGGUUGGGAACGGCGUCUGCACCCGUCACGUGUUAGAGGACGGACCCCUGGAUACGGAAGUAACUUGCAUGUAUUCGGAGAAGAACAAAGGCAGUAGCCACGGUUGCCCAGACUGCCUAGCAGGACCCUCGGGCACGCAGAUCCUCAACGUGAUGAGCAGUGGUGUCGUGAGGUUCUUCGUCGCAAAUUCUGAGCCUCUUGAUAUGACCGGCCCGCGUCUCCACCACACCAUUUCCGUUAGGAAGAUGCGAGAGACUCAAGAUGGCUUUGAGUUCUUUUCCGAGCAAUCUUACAUGGACUUGGCCCCAGGGCUGCGUGGGAACUACCCGCUACGCUACGUCUACUCCUUCCAGAGUGGUCCAUAUGCUUAUUUUCUCACCGUCCAACGAGAAGGUGGAAGCUCGAAUGCCUUCCACACGAGGAUCGUACGCAUGUGCUCUUCGGAUCCUGAGAUCCUGCGCUAUGUAGAAAUGCCCUUUGAGUGCAUUUACUCUGAGCGAAGGAGGAAGAAACGCUCGGCCCAGGUGGUUUUCAAUGUUCUCCAAGCUGCUCAUGUGGCCAAAGUCGGCUAUGACUUUCAGCAGGAGAUGGGCCUGAAAGAAGGAGAGGACGUGCUGUUUGCUGCCUUCGCCCGCAGCAAACCUGACUCACCAGAGCCCACCGCCAGCUCUGCCGUUUGCCUUAUCUCCAUUACGGACAUCAAUAACUUCUUCAGGGAUUUCAUUCAGAAGGGAUACACGAGGAAGCUCUAUCACUUUCCAGGGUCAGAGGAGAAAACCUUCAACCAGAGUUUUGCGGGAGAUUCCUUCAGCUGUGGGAAACAUGAAAGAGGCUACCGGUUGGAAGUUACAAGCACCAACCCACGUCGGGACUACUUCCAUGGACGGUUCCGGAACAUUCUUCUCACUUCCAUAGCCGUGGUGCCCAUCCAAAACCACACUGUGGUCAGCCUAGGCACAGCUGAGGGACGCGUCAUCCAGGUGGUGGUUUCCCGCUUUGGCAAGACUGAACCGCAUGUGGACUUCCGCUUGGACACGUUCCCCGUGUCCUCAGAGAUGGCCCUGCUGUCUCCACAGCGCCACGACGGCUCCUUAUUGUUGGUAACAGGAAACAAGGUCUCUAAGGUUCCUCUGAUAGGCCCUGGAUGUGAACAACUGUGGACUUGUAGCUCUUGUCUCUUGGCCCCAGCCUUCAUGGGCUGCGGAUGGUGCAAGACCACUGAUCGCUGCAUGAGGGCUCCUCAGUGCUCCCCCUCCCAGUGGAUCCAGGACUCCUGCCCCCUCCUCAUAACCACGAUUUCUCCUUCCUCUGCUCCACUCGGAGGCCACACCAAUGUGACAAUCUGUGGCAAAAAUUUUGGUUUUAAUAAGAAAGAACGCUUUGAUACCAAGCUAAUCAGUGUGGUGGUUGCUGGAACAAAGUGUAAAUUGGAGAGGAAAGACAGUAGCAAUAAUCGGUUGGUCUGCGGACUAGAUCAUGUGAACGCAUCCAGCAUUGACUCUGUGGUCAGGGUGCGCAGUGGCAAGGAACAGGCUCAGAAAGACGGUUUCUCAUUUGUGAACCCAGUUAUCACAGAGAUCUUCCCAGAGUUUGGACCUAAGUCUGGCGGAACAAUGCUCACUAUCAGGGGUUCGUUCCUGGACAGUGGAAAUUUGCAAAUGGUUACCAUGGGAAACGCUACCUGUGUGCUGCAGAGUAUUUCAGCCACAAUGUUGACUUGUCGGACACCACCUCAGCCAUCACCGUCCCAACGCAAGGUACAGCUGCACAUUGAUGGAGUAAUUCGUGAAGCUCCUGUCAGCUACACCUACAACAAGGACCCACACAUCUCCAGCGUCCAGCCCAAGAAUUCCUUCAUCAGUGGAGGAAGCACAGUGACCGUGAAUGGUUUCUACCUCCACUCAGCUCUUCAACCUCAGAUGGUUCUCACUGCCGCCACAGAGGGCAAACUCUUCCAAGUGACCUGCAGUCAUGAUGAGGAUAAGAGCAAUAUCCUUUGUAUCACACCCUCCCUGAAAGACCUCAGUGUUCAACCUCCAGUUGCCACGAAAAUGACCUUUGUGUUAGAUGGUUACUCCACUGAUCAGUAUGACCUACUAUAUGUGGAAGAUCCUAAGUUCGAGGAGUUUCAGUUGCCCACCCUUACACCGAGAGGCAACAAGAUCAUUCUGGAGAUUAAGGUCCCCCCUGUGAAUCAGGAGGCGGUGAAUAACGGCGAGGUGCUGAGAGUUUCAAACCGGACCUGUGAGAGCGUCACUUUGGUGGGCAACACGCUCGAAUGCACCGUACCCAUGGAGCUCCAGAAAGCUGCCAAAGAGCUGGAGGUGGAGUGGAAACAGGCCACAUCAUCUGUGAUCCUAGGUCGUGUGGUCUUGGCUCAAGACCAGGAUUACGGGAUACUGAUAACAGGAGGAGUGUGUGUGUCCAUCCUUCUACUGCUCCUGAUCGGAGUCUUUGUUUGGAUCAAGAGGAAGAAGCAUAUUGAUGAUUUAGCUAAGGCUAUGGUUUGGUAUGACGGCCGGGCUCACAUUCCGCACUUGGACAUGUUGGCAAACGCGAGGAGUGUCAGUCCGACUAAUGAAAUGGUCUCUCACGAGUCGGUGGACUAUAGAACCACUUUGCUUGAGGACCAAAACUUGCCUCUGUCACAGACAGAGUCCUGCCGGCCUCAUCUCUACGCACAUGCCCAUGUGGAUCUGUCCCCAAUGCUGGGGCCGAUGGAAGGGGAUCUGGCGUCUCCACUGUUGUCCUCUAAUGCACCCAUAGAUCUGGGCAGCCUCCACCCUGAGCUGCUGAAGGAAGUGCAGCAUGUGGUCAUCGCCCGGGAGGAUCUGCUCUUACAUGUGAAUGAGAUCAUCGGGAGAGGGCACUUUGGCUGUGUGUUCCAUGGAACCCUGCUCGAACCAGAUGGCCAGAAGCAGCACUGCGCCAUCAAGUCCUUGAACAGAAUCACUGAUAUAGAGGAGGUGUCUCAGUUCCUGAAGGAGGGCAUCAUCAUGAAAGACUUCAGCCAUCCCAAUGUACUCUCUUUGCUGGGAAUCUGCCUGCCCAGCGAGGGCUCGCCUCUCGUCGUGUUGCCGUACAUGAAGCAUGGAGAUCUGCGCAACUUCAUCAGAGAUGAAACUCACAACCCCACAGUGAAGGACCUGAUGGGUUUCGGGCUGCAGGUGGCUAAAGGAAUGGAAUAUCUUGCCAGCAAGAAGUUUGUACACAGAGACCUCGCGGCCAGAAACUGCAUGCUAGAUGAGAGCUACACAGUAAAGGUGGCUGAUUUUGGCCUGGCCAGAGAUGUGUAUGAUAAAGAAUACUACAGCGUGCACAACAAGCACGGAGUCAAGCUGCCUGUCAAAUGGAUGGCUUUAGAAAGCCUGCAGACGCAUAAGUUCACCACCAAAUCUGAUGUGUGGUCGUUCGGUGUGUUGCUAUGGGAACUCAUGACCCGGGGUGCCCCGCCUUACUCCGACGUGAACUCCUUCGACAUCACAGUCUUCCUUCUGCAAGGCCGGAGACUUCUACAGCCAGAGUUCUGCCCAGACGCACUAUACAAUGUCAUGAUCGAGUGCUGGCACCCCAAACCUGAGCGUCGGCCCUCCUUCUCAGAGCUAGUGUCCCGCAUCGCUGCCAUCUUCUCCAGCUUCAGUGGAGAGCACUACAUCCUCCUUAACACCACCUACGUCAACAUUGAUAAGAUGACGCCCUACCCCUCUCUCAUCUCCUCUCAGAGUAACCUCGACCGUGACUGCUGCACCUGAAAGACAAAGUCACCAGACAGAGGGAGGGAGAGGAAAACGACAAAACAAAGCCAUUGCUGUUCAUGAAAGACACUGGACUGGCUGCCAGGGGCGGCUUUCAUCAUUAAAGGAGGAGGAAAGCGGCCCAAGGACACUGUGAAAGACUUAAAAGGCACGAACACUCCCUUAAUCGCUGUAAAUAGAUUAUGAUGAGCCCGUGACCUGUGGAGUUGAGCUUCUCCAGUCGAGCAUGAGAUGGUCCUGAUCCCCUUGGGACACUUGCAAAAACCAUUCUCUGAGUUGGCACCCCAUUAAUGUUUCAUCUAUAGGGUUGCAUUUUGAUGCUUCUUGACCAUCUGAUUCAUUUAUGCUCUUGGAAGACGCUUUCGAACCAAAUGACUUCAAGACAUCUCAGCGGCAUUGUGUUCUCCGGCGUAACCUGAGCGUACGUUGACCAUUUUAUUUUCUGUGAAAAGUGUAAUAAAAUGUUGUGCAUGCCUUCAUACUAUGAACUGAACGCAGCAUAAUGAAGAUAUCAGGUGAACACUGGACACACUUGACGUUUGAUGAUGUCAACGUUCUUGUGAUGCCUGUACGUCCGAUUCUGACUUUAAACGACCGAUAUGAAUGAUCUGAUUCUGUUUUGUUUACUUAUGUUCAGACGAAUCUUUUCUCUCCUGGCCAUUUGAAUCUUUCUGACAAGAUUGACUUCUGACUGUUUUAUAUAUUUUUAUAUAAUCUGUUUAGGUUUAGUGUCAAAGCGAACAUACUACACAUGGAAUCUGUGCGGCUUUUUCACAUUUUCACCACUGAUUAAGUGAGAAAAUCUGUGGAAUGGAUUUAAAGUCAACAGGAAAUGGCAUUUUACUUCCUUGGAAAAUGUGGGUAUAUUCGAGUGGAACAGGUGACGUCAGACGAAAAGGUUUUCAGAAGUGGAGCAAGUUGGAAUAACGUGCUCAAAUUGACACCCUCAAUAAAAUCAGGAAUAUAUAUCAAGAAAGUAAAUAGGGUCUAUAUGAAAAUAUUAAGCGGCACAGCUGUUUUUUUAACAUUGAUAAUGAUAAGAAAUGUAUCUUGAGCAGCAAAUCAGCAUAUGAUUUCUGAAGGAUCAUGAGACACUGAA